AUGACUGAGCUCGACAGGAUCCAGUGGAAUCACAUCGGUAUGCCUUUCUUCGAUGAGUUGUCGACGAUCCAUCGCUUUGCCAUCUCUUUCUAUGCACACUACCUCCAAGGAGCCCUCGAUGGAUGCUUUAUCCCUGAGCUGGAUAAGAACGGGGAAUACGAUGAUGAGGACUGCGAAGUAUUAGGUCUGCACAGGUUGUGCCAAAUCAUCUUCUCACACCCCAUCUUCAACUCUUCACCAAAAGGUUUCGUCCUCCAACACAACAAUCUAGACCUUCAAAACAUACUUGUCGAUAACGAGGGCAACUUCACUGGGAUCAUCAAUUGGGAUGCAUCACUGGCUAUGCCUCGCUGUGUUGAUCAUGUCGCCGUACCGAGGUUCUUGAAAACAGAUUGGUACCCUGGCGCAAUGAAGCGCCACCCGUAUAUGGGGUGGCGGGCACCUUACUAUCGAAAGAUGUGUGCUGCGGCUAUGGUUGAGGCAGGCAAUUCGGAAGCAAAGUAUACGGUGAAGUCGGCAUUAUACAAGGCUGCAAUUGAUGCCUUGAAGCAGGUGGUACCUGGCGAUCUGAGUGACGUCCUGCAGAAGCUUGUCUUUGCGAUUUCGGAUCUUCGGUUGGACCUUGGUGAACUGUCGGUGGCAUGGAUAAGGGUUGGCCGGCGAUGGGAGUUAUGCCUAAAGAAGAACUAG